AGCUUCCCGGCUCACUCUACGCGCAUGCGCGUCUCGGCUGUCAUUUCGUCAUGGCUGACACGGGCUGGCCAGGCUGUGCGAGGAGUUUGAAAGGUGUCAUACUAGACAUGUGCGGCGUUUUAUAUGACAGCGGGGAGGGUGACGGGGUCGCCAUUCCCGGUUCAGUCGAAGCGGUGCAAAAGCUAAAGGCAUCCGACCUGCAGCUGCGCUUCUGCACCAAUGAGACUCAGGCAGCCAGAGAGACGUUUGUUGCCAAGCUCCAGAGACUGGGCUUCGACAUCCUCGUGUCCGAGGUCUUCUCUCCUGCUCCUGCAGCCGCGGCUGUCCUCAAGCAGAGGGGCUUACGGCCUCACUUGCUAGUGUAUGAUGGACUUCUCCCAGAGUUUGACAGUGUUGACCAGAGCAACCCGAACUGCGUGGUGAUUGGAGACGCCGCUGAAAAGUUUACCUACCAGAACCUGAACGAGGCGUUCAGGGUCCUCACAGACCUGGAGAAGCCACUUCUGUUCUCUCUGGGCCAAGGGAGGUACUACAAAGAGACGGAUGGUUUGAAACUGGACGUUGGCGCUUACAUGAAGGCUCUGGAGUAUGCCUGUGAUUUAAAGGCUGAAGUAGUAGGAAAGCCAUCCCCGACAUUCUUCCAGAGUGUUCUCAAUGACAUGGGACUCCAACCGCAUGAGGCACUGAUGAUUGGGGAUGAUCUGGUGAAUGACGUGGGAGGGGCCCAACGCUGUGGAAUGAGAGGCAUACAAGUCAGGACAGGCAAAUACCGAUGUUUGGCUGUAAACCACCGAUCCGUCUGAAGAGCGCCAUGCUGGAUGACCUACUCCAAUUGCUGCGCACUUGCAUGCAGGUCUGGAGUCAUGUGACCACAGAACGCUGAGUAAUCUUCUUGAGCAUCGGUCCGCUCUAAUCCUGUACCAACAGCACAGUCACUCCGUGUAAAACCCGUCCUAUGUUUGGCUGCAUGGCACACGUGUGUUUGUGUGUUUCCACCUUGGUACCGGGUUCACAGGUCGGCGGAAAGGCUGAGACGUUGUUUGCUCAAUCACAGGAGACGGGACCUUUUCAACCAGAUACUCCAGAUAAUGAAAUUAAAUUCAUAUGGUUGUUUAUUAUUAUUACUCUGCAAUCUUCUCCUCGCAGCUCAAUUUGGCGUUAUUGUGCAAUUUCUUUAAAUACUGUCUCCACUAAAUACAGGAUAAAGCACAUAUGAAUAUAUCACUGCUCAUCCUUUUUUUUUCUUCUCUUUUUGGGAGGAGACAGCAACUGGUUCAAAUAAGUGGGGAACAUAUGUGGGAUCUGUAUUGUGUUACCCGUCGUGUUGCGUUUCAGCUGUGGUGAGUCAGAUUUAUGGACUGAUUGGUGAAUGGAGUUUGUGUGUCGAAACACACAUUCAGAAAGUCAUUAAAUUAAAUGUGUGGUUGAAUAGCGUUUUCAGUGCUGUGCAAUAAAAGGACACGCUAGUGUUUAUCAAUGUUUUAUUUUAAGGACUUGGUUCAAGGUGUUAAAGUUGUAUCAACAGGGCUCUCUCUUUUGUGUGCGUGGCUAUUGACAGAAGACACUUGAAUAUUUUCCUAUGCG